AUGAAUCAAAUAAAAAAUGAUCUAAACAAAGAAGAGAAAGAAUUUAUUAACAAAGUAAUUGCUAAUUCUAAAAGAAUAGAUGGAAGGAAAUUCAAGGAACAAAGAGAAUUUACUUUUAAUUCUAUAAAUAACAAUUCUUAUAUUUAUACGUUAGGAAACACUGCUUUUGAAAUGAAAGUUGAUUAUAAAGGAAAGACAUCUGAAAAUAAUUAUAUUGAACCAAGUGAUAAACUUUUAAGCUACAUUCCUGAUUUUAUUUUAAAAAUGGAAGUAUUAGAAAAAUAUUUAUCUGAAAUUAAAAUAUCUGUUUCAAUUGAUAUAAAAAUAUAUAGAGAUGAUGGUAAUGUCUAUGAUGGUGUAUUUAAUUGUUUAUCAUCUAUAUUUUCUGAUAUACAAAUACCUUGCUUAAACGUACUUGAUAAUACCACCUCUUCUUUAUAUAAAGAUAAUAUGGAAAUGAUCAAUAGGAAAUUUUUUAAUGUUAAAAUUGAUCUUGGAUUUUCCACCACAUACGCUAUUUUUGGUACACAAGGUAUAAUUGAUCCUAUUUUAGCUGAAGAAAAUUCCUGUGAUGCCACAUUACAUAUCCAUGUUAUGAAUUAUAAUAUAAAGUAUUAUUUUAAGAGUGAUGGAAAGUUAUCAAUCAAUGAUAUUCUAGAACUUUUUAAACUUAAUUAA